UCCACACAAAACCCGACUACCCAAGCUAACUUGUUACGUACCUGUUUUUUCUUUCGUUGAACUUUACAUGUGAAAAAAGAAGAAGAUCAAGAGGCAAAUAUGGUGGGCAUAUUUUCGAGAUUUUCUGUGAGCAGAGCUGGUCAUCGUCGGACUCAAAGUGCACUUGAUGAAAGGGAAGUGUUUCCCCCAAAUUCAGGGGCUACUAUAGAGAGGGCUUCCUCUGGGACGCCUCAUGGUAUUGAAUUUGCAGUUGAGUUCAAGCCAGUUAAACACCCCUCUGAGCCUCUCCAUAUUGAUCGACCAAUUCAAUGUCCCUUUCCAGAGCCUUCAGUCCUAAAUGAGGGAAGAAUAUGGAAGGAGAGAGGGUCUUCUGUGCGAAUUAGAAGGCCUGAAGGAAAAGCUACCGACUCUAUGGCAACUCAAACAAUACCUGGAACUCCCAUGAAUCGGGCUAUUCUUCCAUCAAUGAGUGCACCUGAACACAGUCUGCUUAAAUUGUUGGAGGAAUCUGGGAUUUGUUGAUGGAUUGCUCCACUUCGUCUGUCAAGCUUACUACAAGAAACAUGAUGGUAUUGUGUAUGUAAAAAUUCAAACACAGUUGCAUGUAAAUUUAUAUAAUAAUGUUAUAAAGAUUUCCUUUCUAUUGUAGACAAUACUACGUUUUAUGUUAAUGUUGUAUCUUAUACAUCAUUAUGGAUUGAUUCUAUAAUACAACUCAAAAAAUGUAUGGUCCAGA